GGGCAGGGCCGGGCCGCCAUUUUGGGCAGAGCUUUGUUAUGGUUGUGGGGCCGCGGGAGGCAGCGAAGGGGCCUGGCCGGGAUUUCUACCUGUCUGCCUGGCUCUACUGUCAGGAAACUAAGAGGGAAUAGCCUCCUGGCUGGACCUGAGCAGUUGAGAAGUAUCUUGAGGGCAUCAAGAGGGAGGAGUGAUUACAGUUCCUGUGUUCCACCAUUUUUUGAUGGAAGAGGAGGACCAUAACCCAGAAGUGAACUCUGCAGUAAAACAAGAAACUCUUGUUGAAUAAUUGGUCUCCUUUAAAAAGCAGCGCCAGUCUGGAAGAAGGUUAAAGAGAAGAGAGUACUUUUGGACUUGGCUCUUUUCAGAUUCAUUUAUUCAGCACAUCAAUGGUGACCAGCAAAGACACAGAAGCAGUUGUGACUGCCAUUCAGCAUCGCAUCAAGUAGCGUUUAGUUCUUGGAGGGGAACUUAAGUUACAUGAAGUGAAAAGUAUAUCAAGACAUUGUUCAUUUUUAAGAAGAUUAGCACCGUGGAUUUUUUAACAACUGUACAUGUGAUGAAACUGAAGUUUGUAUUUUAAGAGCAUAUGCUUAGGCAGAUGUCUCCCAUUUAAUAUCAGAAUUUGGGAGAAGCGUUUUUAUAUAAUUUAACCCCCCCUCCCAUCCAAGCUUUGAAACUGAUGUGCUACAGACAAUGAAUAAUCCUGCAGAUUUGGGUGUAUCUGUUCAUUGUUAACCAUGGUGUUGCUCUGAAUGUUGUCCUGCAGACCCAGCAACCGCUUUUGUAAUGUAAAAUCUGAGUUCCAUAGCACCACAACAAGAGGAAAUUUAAUGAGGUGAACGUGGUUGUGGCUUUUUUAAAUGUAAAUUACCUUUUUAGGGUUUUUUUUUUUUUUUUUGGUUAGUGUGAGUGCAGAGAGAAAUUAAGAUGAGCAGCUGAGGGGGUGAAGGGUGCCGUCAGCACGAAGUGCAGCUUCUUGUGCUCUGCUUUGAGACGCACCGUUGUCUCAAACCUGACAUAACUGCAUUCUGGAGAAGGAAGGAACCUGAAGGUCAGAGUGAAGCACAGAAAUCAAGAAGAGAAUUGGACUGCAGAGGCCAAACUCUGGUAGUUGAUCACACAUCUUUUUUUUCUAUAUAUCCUGGCCAUGAGGUUUGAUGCCUCGCUUUAUUGAAGGGAGACACUGGACCUAAAUGGCGCAGCAUGACUUUGUUCCUGCCUGGCUUAACUUCUCAACGCCACAGUCAGCCAAGUCCCCUGCAGCCACCUUUGAGAAACAUGGAGAGCAUCUUUCGCGGGGUGAGGGCCGCUUUGGUGUGAGCCGUAGACGACACAACUCUUCUGAUGGAUUUUUCAAUAACGGCCCCCUCAGAACUACGGGAGACUGCUGGCAUCAGCCCUCCCUGCUCCGCCAUGAUUCUGUAGAUUCCGGUGUUUCUAAAGGAGCUCAUGUUGGGCUUUCUGGCAAUCAGCCUGGCUGGCAUGGUCCCUCGCGGGGCCAUGAUGGUAUGAACCAACGAAGUGGUGGAGGAACUGGAGUCCAUCGCCACUGGAAUGGCAACUUUCACUCUCGGAAGAACUCUGCCUUUCAAGAAAAGGUGCCUGUUGAGGCCAGAGAAGAGAAGAGAGAAGAAAAAGAGAAGCUGCAGUUUGAGGAAGACGACUUUCCAUCUUUGAAUCCAGAAGCUGGAAAACAGAAUAACCAGAGCAAACCUUUAGGGACACCUUCUGGAGUGUGGGAAAACCCCCCUAGUGCCAAGCAACCUACCAAGAUGCUGGUCAUCAAAAAGGUUUCAAAAGAGGAUCCUGCUGCUGCCUUCUCAGCUGCGUUUACGUCACCAGUUCCUCACCUUGCAAACGGCAACAAGACCACCACAAUUGUCCCAAGUGUCUACAAAAAUCUGGUUCCUAAACCAGCAGCUCCUCCAUCUAAGCCAAGUCCAUGGAAAGCUAACAGAAGUGAACAUAAACCAGGCUCGCUUUCCUCCAGCCGUGACUCUGCCUUUACCAGUCCGGUGUCUGUAACCAAACCAGCGGUACUGGCGAGUGGCUCAGUUCUCACCUCUCCCAAAGAGAGUCCUUCCAGCACCACCCCUCCCAUCGAGAUCAGUUCUUCGCGUCUGACUAAGCUGAUGCGUCGCACCGCCGAUAAGAAAAGUGAAUUCCUGAAGGCAUUGAAAGAUGACAGGAAUGGAGAGAUCACAGAGAACAGAGAAUGUGACAAGUUGGAGGAUAUGGAGGGCAGCAGCACACCAGAACCAAAGGAAAACUGGGAAGAGAAUUGCCAUCAGAAUGGCCUUUCUCUCCCUUUGAUGGAGGAGGGGGAGAACCUGUCUCAUUCACUGGAAGCAGAACACAGGUUACUGAAAGCAAUGGGAUGGCAGGAGUAUCCUGAAAAUGAUGAGAACUACCUUCCCCUCACUGAGGAUGAGCUCAGAGAGUUCCAACUUAAAUCAGAGCAGCUAAGAAGAAAUGGAUUUGGGAAGAAUGGAUUUCUUCAGGGCCGUAGCUCCAGCCUGUUCUCCCACUGGAGAAGCACUUUUAAGACAGAGUUGGAGGACUCAGACACAGAAACUAGUAGCAGCGAAACGUCAGAUGACGAUGCCUGAAAGUGGGCACAAAACAUUUAAAACAAACAAAACCAACCCAAUAAACUCAGUUCAUAGUUCAACAUGUGUUUGGGGUUGUAUAAACUAAACAGAGUUUAUUCUGUCUCCAGUCUGUUUUUCUUUUGUUGUUGAAUACUUCAUGCACAAGGGAAAUAAUUGUAUCCCAAAGAAGAGAGAAAUUGGCUUGUUUAGCUUUUUCUUUUGGUUUUGCCCUUCUGCUUAAUAGAAGUUUGUGCAGCUAGCAAAUUUAUGAUGAGAAUCCCUCAUCAGGCAAUGCACAAGUUCAGUCUUGUAAGCAGGAUACAGGUGACUGACUGAUCUUUGCAACAACAAGCGUCUAAUAAUGCCGCCGCAUUACAUAAUGUUGCGCGGUAACAAUGUGCUAAAACAAUCAUUGUCAAUGACAAAAUGGCUAUUGACGUUCUAAUUGUGUUAAAUUAAUGCUAAUAACAUGACUUUUUUUUUAUUUAUUUUUUUUGUCGGCUCGGGGAGCUUCAUCACUUAACCAGGCGUUUGUGGUUUUCUUUUAUGGGUACAGCUGUAAAAUAUUUGGACAUAGGACUUGUUUGUGUUCUUCUUCUUGCAGCCUUGAUAUUCAGGGUGGAUUGUAAAAUAUAAAUUUUUUUGUGAGAUUUCAAAGAUUAAGAUUAUUUUGAUAACAUUAUUUACAGAUUUAAAAAGGUGACUAUCACAUUGAGUCUGUAUGAGGGGAAAAAACUACUGCAUCAAAAAAUAACUAACUUGGAAUAAAUAUUUUGCAUCAGUUUGCCAA